ACCCCAAAUCACUCGAUCCAAACAUGCCACUAUUAGUCUGAUGAUGGGACUAAAUUGGGUUUGCAGUUCCCGGGAAAAGCCGUUAUGUUUCAAUUUCCAGAAACUGAAAUUGUGACUCCUCUGUUUACAAAAAUAAACUCUGAAAUGAAAGCCCGCGAACCACACACCGUCGAUCUUUGAUUUUGUUGUCCUUUCUAUUUAAACACACCAAAACCCAUCUCAGAGAUUCAUUUAUGUUUGCAUUUUAAUUGAAGUUUCUUGCGUUCUCCGCCUUCUUAUCUUCCAGUUCUUUAAGUAGCCCAUCAUCUCUUUCUGCUAUUUCAUUACUGCUUACUUCAUUAGUUGGUUUGUUUCCUCUUUUACAGUUUUUCCUUCAGAGGGUUCCCUGCUUCUUGCUAUGGGGUGGUUUUUCGAGUCUCAAAACACAAUCUACAAGCCCGUGAAGGACGUUGAUCUGAGCCCUAACAGUGAUGAGUUUUAUCUCAGAGCCAAUGUCAAAGCUCCCCGUAUGGCUGGAUUUCUUAUUAAAAUUUUGGCAUGGAUUUUGGAGUCGAGAUUUUUUGCAGCAAUGCUGCUCUACAUAUUGAAGGAUGAAAUUUUAGUUCACAGGCUCAUUUCAUUUGCAAAGUUAGAUGAGCUACCUUUGUUUGUUCCAUGCCAUCCUUGGGAAGACCAUAAAGAGAAGGAACUUAAUUCAAUAUCAUGUGAUUCAUCUCCACCUGAGAGAGUUCAACAAGCAUUGGAAUGCCUUCCUCCAUGUUCGGAAAUUGUACAAAAUACUACGAGUCCCAGUUUCCGACGUUGGACAAUACUAGAUUAUUCAAGAGCCUAUAUUUCAGGAGAAAUCACCCCACUGAUGGUUGCAAAACGGAUUUUAGAUUCUGUGCAUGAAUCUUCCUACUCUUCCUUGCAAAUAUCAUUCUUUAUAAACCAAAAUGCUGAAGAUAUUUUAAAGCAAGCUGCCAAAUCAACCCAUCGGUAUGAAAGAGGUGAACUAAUUUCAGUUCUGGAUGGGGUCCCCAUUACUGUUAAAGAUGAAAUUGAUUGUUUGCCAUAUCCAACUACUGGAGGUACAAGGUCGUUACACAAAAUAAGACCUUGUGUCAAUGAUGCAUGUUGUGUCAAGCGCCUAAGGUCAUGUGGUGCUAUACUUGUUGGAAAGACCAACAUGCAUGAGCUUGGUGCUGGAGCAAGUGGGAUCAACCCACAUUAUGGUGCUACUAGAAAUCCUUAUGAUAUUAGCAAGGUCUCUGGAGGUUCUUCUAGUGGAUCUGCUACAGUUGUGUCAGCAGGACUCUGCCCUGUUGCUCUUGGCAUUGAUGGGGGAGGUUCUGUACGGUUGCCUGCUGCUCUAUGUGGUGUAGUUGGUUUUAAACCAACUUUUGGAUGUGUUUCUCACUUGGGUGUUCUUCCUUUCAAUUGGACAUUAGAAAUGGUUGGAAUACUAGCAGGGACAGUUGAGGAUGCAUUCAUUGUAUAUGCAGCUAUCAGUGGGGACAUCUUAUCAGAUCAACCUACUACUUUAUUGCCCAAAUUAUAUUUUCCAUUGCUGAAGUCGACCAACUCUAUCCCCAAUGUUAAAAUGGCAAAAUAUGGAGAGUGGUUUAAUGAUUGCACUGAUGACAUUAAAAAAUGCUGUCACCAAACUCUGGAUCAGCUUUGUGAGUGUUACGGAUGGGAGGUAUUUUUCAAUGGUUAUAUGUCUAGUAACCUUACUGGUUUGUUUUAUUUGCUAGCGGUGUAUGGAUGGCAUUUGGGAAUCUCUUGUAUCUUUCCCUUACUAGAAAAGACUGUAAAGGUGACCAUACCAGAGAUAGAAGUGAUGCGCCUGGCACAUUAUGUGACAAUUGGAUCUGAGUGUAAAGCUGCACUUGGAGCUCAUCUGGAGAAGAUGGAAACUUCAGAGUUUGGGUAUGAUGUAAGGGUAACACUUUCCCUAUUUGGAUCCUUUAAUAGCAAAGAGUAUUUGACUGCCCAGAAAUUUAGGAACCGACACAUGCAAUUUUACAUGAGCAUUCUUGAGAGAGCAGAUGUCAUUGUCACACCUACAACAGGAAUAACUGCAUACCCUAUAGUGGAACAAUCUGUGGUCUAUGGUGAUUUUGAUUACAAAAAUGCAGCUGCUCUAGUACGGUUCCAGAUAGCAGGGAAUUUUCUUGGAUUGCCUGCAGUGACUGUUCUGGUUGGAUAUGACAAGUUUGGGAUGCCCAUUGGCCUUCAGUUUAUUGGGUGACCAUGGUCAGAGCCAACCUUAAUCCGUAUAGCUCUUGCAGUGCAGGGCCUUUGCAUCUCAAGCUACAGAAAGCCGAAGGUUUUCUAUGAUCUGCUUAGUAAGGAAUAGGAUUCAUAACAACCAAUAUGAAGCUAAGACAAAGAUUGAACUGGGUCUUCAAAAAGAUAGAAUAUGCUUAUUGAAGUUUUCAUACUGCCACUAUUUCGGGCCUUUCUUAAUAAAGAGACAAGCAAUUUGUCACUUAAGAGUUUGGUCUCUUUCACAUUGUUUAAACCUUGCCUGUUUUGCACUUUAUGAGCUGAUUGAAUUGUACUGCAAUGGAACUUUCUUUUCAGAAUUAUGUUCAAUAAAUAUCCACUUGGAUCUGCAACAAUAAAAAGAAGUCGUUCAAUUGUUA